AUUGUAUCAAAAAAAAAAACUCUUCAAAUAAAUAAUUUCGUGGGUAUAAAAGUUGUUUGAGUUGGGAGUUUCUUCAGUUCCUGGUUUGAAUUGGUACGCGAGAUAUGGAUCGUUGGGUUGGUAAAGUGGCGAUUGUUACGGGGGCUAGUGCCGGAAUGGGCGCCGCAAUAGCCAAAAGUUUGGUGAUGAAAGGGUUAAAAGUUGCAGGCCUAGCCCGUCGCAUCCAGCGCAUCCAAGACCUCGCCAACGAGCUGUCCGAUGCCCCAGGUCAGCUCUUCCCCCUGCGCUGCGACAUCACCAGCGAGGAGGCCAUCCUCAAGUGCUUUAAGUGGGUCACGGACAACGUAGGUCCCGUUCAAAUCCUCGUCAACAACGCCGGUCUCACCAGACCCACCAAUCUCCUAGAUGGGGCGAGUGACGAAUGGCGACGCGUCUUCGACGUCAACGUCAUGGCACUCUGUAUUUGCACACGCGAAGCUGUCCGAAUCAUGCGCGAGAAUAAUCUCUACGGACACGUGAUUCACAUGAAUGCCAUUGCAGGGCAUUAUGUGCCCAAUAUGCCUCAGCCGAAUUUCAACGUUUAUCCGGCCUCGAAAUUUGCCGUUACGGCCCUGACCGAGAGUUUGAGGCAAGAGUUGAGGUAUAAUAAGUUGCCGAUUAAAGUUACGAGUAUAAGUCCCGGAGUGGUCCGGACUGAGUUCCAGGAUGGGUUCCCGGAGGAUGGGACGAAGGAGGCUUUGGCUGAAAUGCCGGCUUUACGUCCUGAAGAUAUCGCAGAAGCUGUGGUUUAUAUUUUAUCGACGGGGCCGCAAGUUCAGGUGCACGAAUUGACCGUUCAUCCCCUUGGUGAAUUAUUUUAAUAUUUCUUUUUUAUGUUUGUUUUUAAAUGUAUAGCAAUAAAAACAUGCGAUCAA